CGCCGGCGUAGAGAGGGGAGGGGAGCGCGCGCCCCCGUGAAAUCACGUGCUGAGGCGAGGAGUUAAGGAAGAAAGAAAAGGGGGAGGGGUUUAGAAAGGAGAGUGCCGCUGACGUCAGAGGCGAGGGCUUCGUUGAUAGGUUGAAGGCUCGGCAGGACUGUCCGGGGAUUGGGCCAGCCCCGAUUGGAGGGCGGGGGCCCAGGUUGUGGGCGGCCGUGGAGGGGCCAGCGCGAGCCAGAGCUAGGGAGGGAUGGGGUCUGGCGGCGGGGGUCUCUGAGAGGCGAAGAUGGCGCGGAGUGGGCGGGCGCUGGGGAAGGCGCUGGCGGAGCGGCUGGCGGCGUCGUCAUCGUCGUCGUCCCCGCGCAGGGCGGCCCUCAGGCAUUUGACUUCUUGGGAAAUUUUGUUGAGCAAAGCCCCCCUGCUACAAGUACCAGGAAGAUACUGUAUCUUUUCAAGAAGAAGUUUUUUCAACUUUACUUCACCAUUGGGGAACAAAAGGAAAGAAUAUUCAGAAAGAAGGAUUAUAGGGUAUUCUAUGCAAGAAAUGUAUGAAGUGGUAGCAGUUGUUAGUGAAUACAAGGACUUUGUUCCUUGGUGCAAAAAAUCAGACGUGUUAUCCAAGCGUUCAGGAUAUUGCAAAGCACAUUUAGAAGUGGGAUUUCCUCCUGUGAUGGAGAGGUACACUUCAGUUGUAACACUAGUAAGACCUCACUUGGUUAAGGCAUCAUGCACAGAUGGAAAAUUAUUUAAUCAUCUAGAAACAGUGUGGCGUUUCAGUCCAGGAAUCCCUGGCUAUCCAAGAACAUGCACCUUGGAUUUUUCAAUUUCUUUCGAGUUUCGUUCCCUUCUACAUUCACACCUUGCUACUCUAUUCUUUGAUGAAGUUGUUAAGCAGAUGGUAUCUGCAUUUGAGAGAAGAGCAGGCAAGUUGUAUGGCCCAGAAACCAGCAUACCUCGAGAGCUAAUGCUUCAUGAAGUGCACCACACAUAAAAGCGGAGAAAGUGAUCUACUCAAACUACUUGGAUACCACACAUAGACAUGGGAUGCUUCUCCUAGGUGGGCUUCCAAUUUCUUGGGGACAUUUUGGCAAUUAUGUAUAAUAACUACUGUACAAAAACAUAGAAGAUACAGAUGUACAUAAUGCAGAACUUUCAUCAAGUGCAGUUCCAAGGUGCUGAAAACUGAGUGGCAUCUUCACUUACACCAGAUUUGCCUUCAUCUUGCCACCUUGCAUGAACUGAGCAGUGUGGCAGUUUCACUGCUUUGUUUUGCAGUGUGUAAUAGUUAUUGGAACUAAGUUAUUCUUUUAAAUGCAUAUUUUAAGUUAUUUUUGCUGUUAAAGCUUUAAAACUGCAA